CUCGCUUUUGUAUAGCCACUCAGUCGUUUCAUCAUAUUUUCACUCUUUCUAUCAUCAUAUUAGACUUUGGGGCGUAAAAGAUAAUGAGUAAGUGCUGAGCUGGCGAUGGGCGCAGGCAUCACCGCAUGGCUGGUAGUGCUCGGAUCAUGGUGUAUCCUUUUCUGUAGCAUCGGUACAUUCCAGAAGUACUCCCCCAUCACGAUAUCCUGGAUUCCCUCGCUGCAGGUCUUCAUGUUUGGCAUGGGUCCCAUCGUCGGAAAGCUAUAUGAUCUCUUCGGCGCAUUGCUCCACGUCUUUAGCCUGAUGAUGGCCUCUCUGGACACAAAAUACUACCAGCUUCUCCUUUCGCAAGGCCCCGCGAUGGGGUUCCGUCGGCGUGGCGCCGCGUACGGGAUUGUCUCGACGGGGUCAAGAGUAUCGGGGGUGUGGGUGCUCCCGAUUAUGGUGAGUCGGUUGAUGGGGAGUGUCGGGUAUGCGUGGACGGAUGCGCAUCGGGGCGUUUUGCGCGCACGCGGGACGAGGACGGGUAAGAAAAUGAGUCGGGAGAGUUUGGUGAGGCCCUUUCGCGAGGUGAAGAUGGUGCUUCUGGUGUUGGGGGUUUAUGUGUUUGACGCGGUGGAUGCGGGGAUGACUGCUGCGCUGGCGCAGCAACUCGUUGCGAUACUUAACGCGGGGAGUCUGCUGGGGCGCUUGUCGGCGGGGGUGUGCUCCGAUCGGGUCGGGACGUAUAACAUCUUCGUCUGUGUGGUCUUUCUGGCUGGGGUGGUGGUCCUGGGCCUGUGGAUUCCGGCCGCGGGGAAUGCGGCGAUCAUCGUCUUUGCGGUUGUGUUUGGGUUUACGAACACCGGCGCGUAUGUCAGUCUUGCACCGGCGCUGGUGGAGAUUGGGUACCGCACGGGGUUGAUGUUUCUGUUCGCGUCUGUUGGUGGGCUGACGACGAGUCCGAUUGGGGGGAUGCCAUUCUGCAGCGUCUUCUCGGGUGUGAUGUUGCUGGUUGGGACGGAGUUUGUGAUGGCGGCGAGGGUGGUCAGAACGGGGUGGGUGCUGAAAGCCAAACUUUAG